AUGCAUGUUCCAUCUCCCGAUGCAGUGCCCUCAGCCUGCAUGGAUCGGCGGCCGGAGGGCGGCAGGGCGAGGAAGCGCGCGCGGGAGGAGCCGGACCAGGCGGCGGACUUCCCCUUCGACGAGGCGGCGGCCGCGGCCGACGCCGGGGAGGCGUGGCGGAGGCCGCCGGGCGUGUUCCAGUUCCCGUGGCAGAAGUGCCGCGGCGGGCUCGGCGUGGCCGGCGGCGGCGGCUGGGAGCUGCGGGACGUCUUCUUCCACUCCCUCGUCGACGGCGGCGCCGCGGCCAUCGGCGUGCCGGGCGACCGCCUCGUCUCGCCGCCGCCGCCCAGCAAGCAGCGCGCGCUCUUCGACGACGUCGACGCCUGGCUCGCCGCCGCCGCCGACGGCGAGGUCGACCCCGUUUGGCGGUCGGCGAUCAGCGGCGCCGGGCCCUCCGCGUCGGCGGUGUGA